AUGGACUCACUGAUCGUGACGGCUGCCGACUUUGAUGAAAACAAUUACAAGUUACUGCAGCUAAACCCUGAGAUUGAGCAUGCGAUCACCACUGGCAGCACAGUGUUUAUUGUUGGUGCACCGGAUGCUCGAGCAGUAUUGUGUACGGAGAGCAAGUCCUUUUACAUGAAGAAAGAAGAUACGUCGAAUUUGCGUCUUCUCACAACUUAUACAGAUUGGAGUGAGCCUGAGAAAUUGACAGAGAAGCGCAUUAUUCAAGUGCCUGGAGCUGCUCGUUAUCAUUACACACUUGAAGAAAAGGUUCCUGACUUAACAACACUACGAUCAUUAUUGCUAGAAGCUCCGUAUGAAAAAGUUAAGCAAGAUUUAAUCCAAGCAAAACGAGCAAAAGUGAGCAAAAUGUAUUCAACUCAAGACUUAGUAUCGACUUUACAAACCAGCGAGCAAGAGGUGGUAGGAAUGUUAAUUGAAUUGCAAGCAUUUGAAGACGCUGGUGCUUGGCGUUUACUUGAACCAAAAUAUCAGACGCAGAUAUUUACUGAUAUGCUCGACGCAAUUGUACAACACGACUGGAAUGGGUUGAAAGAGCCUGGAAUUCCAGUGACGAAAUUUCUUAAUCUAUUAGAUGAGCCGCUUAUUGCGAUUCGUCAAUGCUGUCAAGUGUAUGGGACAAUCAAUGUAGUAAAUGGAGAGGAUUACUGCUUGCUUGAUGCUACCAAAAUUGCCAUGUUUCGAGCAAAGUCGUUGUUUGAAGAACAGAAAGCUGAAGCUCAAUUUUUGACGCGAAACCAGAAUGUAGCUUUCAAUCCACUGGACGCUGGGUGGGAACUUGAUACGUUCAUGACAAAAUGGAAGUUUUUGGUACCCGACAGUGUUACUGUCAAUUUAGACAUGCUUAGUGGUCUUGUGCUGCUGAAGCCUCAAAAGGCAGGCACACAGACAAGAAUCGUAUACUUUCCUGAAAAUUUGUUGUCUCCUGAACCAAAAAAGCGAUUUGAGCAGCUCUUUCAAGCACAAGAAAAGUGGACAAUCAAGCAACUGGAACCAUACAUCAAGUCAUUGGUCACUCCAAGUACGACUCAAGCAUCACUGCUUCUUAAGCAUACACGCUCAUCACGUCAAGGCAACUCAACUGAAAAACUAUAUAGUCGACGAUGA